AUGUCUACAGGACCCUUUCCAUCUGUAAGUAAAGAGGGAAGUUCUGUUUCAGCACCCAUUUUAAGGUCCAAUCAAAGAAAGAUGUUAUUACACUUACUUUUGGAGAGAAACAGUUCUUUUACCAUCCGUUCGGAUGUCCCUCAAUUUCCAGGAGAUAAAUAAACCCUUUACUCGGCAAACCUAAGCAUUUUGUCUGGAGGAACAGGAACCUGAAAAUGUUGUCUUGACCUUUGAAAUCUCAGCAAUGGAGAAAUGUCUGCCUCUCAGAUGGCCACUUCUGCUGAUUUUGAGGAAACUGGUUCCUUGGAUUCGUCAAGAUCUCAGGAUGUACAGUUAGCUGGGAGGAAUUAUCACCAGGACCUUAUAAAAGGCAUCUCGGUACAGCUUCUUUGUAGUACCCCAAAUGCUUUGGAUCAUGGCCACAGAAAGAAAGAUGCAAAGUGUAGCAUAUCUGUAAAUAAAGAAAAUAUAAACACCAGUUUAAACACUUUGGAAUGGGAGGCACCUAGGACCCAGAAGCUUCAAAAAAUGAAGAUCCUCUGGCUUCUCCCCUCUGGGUGCUGGAAAAUGGCCUCGAUGGAAAGUGAAAUGAAGUAUCUGGGCAGUCCCAUCACUACACUCAAACUGAGUGAAAAUCAGGAGCUAGAAGACCAAGAAGAGAUUCCUGAAGACCCAGUGGCAUUCUCCUUGGAAGACCAAGAUACCAAGCAGGCAUCAGUCUUUGCUUACAAGUUAGAGAGCACGGCUGGGCACAAGGCUCGGCUCAUCAGGUCCUCGCUGCCUAAGGAUGAAGACUAUAGUGGAAGUCCUCAGAGCCCACGAGACGUCCUGAAAGUGUCUGGGGUCCAUUGGACCCAUCUGGUUGGAGCCCCUGACCGAGGGAUACGUGCCUCAUCUGGGAGACGAGGGAUCCGGACCCUCUCUAAGUUCUCCACUUGA